AUUUGAUCCAAUAUAUUUAUGAGGGUCAGUAAUGGUAUCUUUCUUAAUUUACCCUAUAAAUAACUCGAUAACAUUGAUAAUGCAAAUGAACAAUUGGAAUCAUACGUUCAUUUCCAGGUUCGCAAAUUAAGAUGGCAAGAACAUUCUUCUUGUUGGUUAAUGUCCUGCUCUGUGUCUACCAUAUCUGUUUGUCCAAAACAUGUCGUGCAGAGGAAGAAGAAAAGCCUAGUAGAUACUUAUUUGUAUUUGGAGAUUCAAUAGUGGAUAGUGGUCCAAAGAAGGAACAUGAAACAGGAAUGAGAGCAGGUCACUCGCCUUAUGGCAUUGAGUGCCAAUGGUAUGGUAAAUUCAGAUUCACAAACGGGUGGACAGUUCCAGACAUGAUAGCUCUCAAACUGAACUUAACAGUACCUGUAUCAUCUGUUGAAGUGGAGUUGUUUCCUAGAUAUAAUGGAGUUAACUAUGCCUCUGCAUCUGCAGGCAUCCUCCCAGAGACAGGGAGUGCUCUAGGAACGAACUAUUGCAUGGAGGAACAAGUUGGAUUUUUCAAGGAAACUUUGGAAAAAUUCUUAAGGCCUAAGUUUCCGUCCCCGGUGGAACUCUCAAAACGCUUGUCAGAUUCUAUUUUCGUUAUUAACAUCGGGAGCAGUGACUACAUUUUCAACUAUCUUCAACCUAGUGAUUAUAAUAGUAGUCGCCAAUAUAACGGUGAUGCAUUUGCUGAACUCUUGAUAAGGAAACUGGGAAACCAUCUCGAGGAUCUCUACAACCUUGGCGCAAGGAAGAUGUUAAUUUUCGAAAUUGGCCCUCUUGGUUGUUUGCCAUACAUUAUAAACAAAUUCAAUCCUAGAGACAGAUGCUUCGAAGACGCAAACAAGUUAGCUUCCAUUUUCAACGAAAAACUUGAGACGAAGCUCAAAGAGUUGAGCGGCAAGCUUAAAGGAUCAACUUUUGUGACGGCAAAAACUUUCCAUCUCAUUAAGGAUAUUGUUGAAAAUCCAUUUGAUUACGGAUUGCAAGAAACAAGAUGGCCAUGCUGUGCAACUCAAGAAAAUGGGACGGGACUAUGCAAAGAACCUAAAAUACACUACGUGUCACCAGAGAUGAUGGCGAAACUCCGGCCGGCGGAUCCUUCAUAUUAUGAGAAGCAAUUUCGAAAGGACUAUUUUUGUACGAGGAGCCCUCCUCCUCCCAAAGUGACGCGGCCAAGGACCUCAAUCGGAAAACCAGAAGGAGAUGUGUGUGAGGACAGAGAAGCAUUUGUCUUUUGGGAUGAACUUCACCUGACCACAGCUGUUAAUAGAAUCAUAAUGGACAAAUGCUUUCAUCCGGCUUCGGGUGGCAUUUGCUCUCCCUACGAUAUCUAUCAACUGGCAAACCAGAGAUGAUGAUAUAAGCAAUAGUUGAACUUUCCAUGGUCUCAAUUUACUUAACGGCAAAUA